AAUGUCAGAAAGAACACUCGAUUUUAUUGAUUAAAGAAAUUAAGUAAGAAAACUUGUAACAUGGCCUUGGAAUUUUGUGUUUGGUUUAUAGAGUUUCUAAACAGUCCAACACAUUUAUAAUUUCACAGCCAGAACAAUAUUUGCAGCUUCAAGUCUAAUCCCAUUUUUAAGUAUCACUAUCAUAAACAAUUAUAGCCACAUACAACACCCAUUAAUUUGCUUAUGCUGAAAAUUCUGUUCGUCUAACAAGAUAUAGAAAUUAUCACGAUGACAUUAUCUGAUA